ACGCGAUGGGGACAAGCGUAUUCAGCAGAGUGUGCUUGAUAGCGAGUGUAGCGAUGAUCAUGUUCGAUCAUGCCUUGAGCUUCACUCUUCCAACAACUACUCUCUCUGCAGGAAUGCGACAGAACUUGGGACACUCUUGCAGAUCAAGGAGUGGAAGGACAAACGCUUUGAAGAUGAAGCUUGAUGUCGCUCCUCAGGUGAUUCAACAAUUCCCCACAGCGCAGGAGCAAAACGAAUGUUUGAACGUGGUAAACAGAGCCAUUGCAGAGCUGAACAAGAACACAAAGAGCACAAGUGAAAUGGGGCGUGCAGAAGGUGUGACUUACAUUUUGGCGGGUGGAAGACCACAGAAGGGGGUGAUAUCUGUUCGAUUCAAUUGCAAGUUCAAGAAGGGCACUACAGCCAUGCAACCAGGAUUCAUGGCCAAGAGCAUGCCUUUCUUCGGACCGUCGACGAACGAAGGGGAAGGCAGAGGUUUCCAAGUAGCCCAGGUCUCUUGUCAAGCGACGGCUACUGACGUCAUUCAACUUUCUAUUGAUGUGGAUGGAGGAUGGGGGAGAAGAUUGGCGAUAAUUGGUCGGUAGUCUGCAGCUACGUUGCUAGCUCCUUCUUCUCUGUAGAUUACACUAUCCUCCGAAUAAAAUCUCGCCACUCACUG